CGCGGCAUGUGGUUCAGUCUCUUGAUGAAAGCGGCUCCAUGAUAUUCGCUGUGUCGGUUUGGCGGAGCCUCCUGGCGGUGGUGGGCCUCUCUCUAGCAGCCGAAGGACUCUACUACCUGAUCCGUUACCUAAAGCGGCUCCGUGAGCGGCGGCCGCAGGUGCUUUUCUUCCCGGCGCCGGUGACAUGCGUGCGGCCACUAUUGCUGUCAAGUCCCGGGCAUUGCGACUGCGGCCUGUCGCACCGGGAGAGCUCCCUGAGCUGCCUGGCCCGCUUGCUGCUCAGUGCUCGACACUCGCUUGAUGUUUGCGUGUUCACCAUCUCCAGCCUGGAGCUGAGCAACUCGGUGCUGGCGGUGCAUGGCCGUGGGGUGCGGGUCCGGGUCAUUACCGACUCCGACUACAUGGCGCUGGCUGGCUCUCAGGUCGGCACCUUCAGGAGGGCUGGUAUAGAAGUCCGACAUGAUCAGGAUACAAACUACAUGCACCACAAAUUCGCACUAAUUGACGGAUUGACCCUUGUGACUGGAUCUUUGAAUUGGAGUGCCCAGGGUAUUUUUGGAAAUAAAGAAAAUGUAAUUAUAAUUAAAAACACUGAUAUUGUGAAGGCAUUUGUAGAAGAAUUUGGACGACUUUGGAAUGAAUAUGAUCCAGCAAAGUACAGCUUUUCUCCUCAAAGAUGAAUAGAACCCCACUAGUUUUGAGCAAGCAUGGAUUCUGCAGUAGUCCAUUGGCAGUACUAUUGGAGACAGCGGCAAGUAAUACUUAAAAUGUAUCAUAAUUUCGAUUGGAUAAAAUACGUUUGGCUUUGAAACUGUAUUUCUAUGAAUCACAUACAUUUGUGAGAAAAAGAUGACAGAACAACAUAUGUUCUCAGAAAUAGAAUAUUUUAAGACGUUGCCAUAUGAAUUUAAAAACUGAAAUAGUGAAUAGUGUGUAAGGACUCUAAAAUAUUUACAACAGCUUCCAUUUAUAUAGUGCCUAUAACAUAUGAAAGAGCCCAAGAUGCUUAACAGAAAUGUAAUCAGAAAAAACGAGAUAUGAGGGGUGACAAAAAAUUGGUCAGAGAGGUAGGUUUUAAGGAGAUACUUGAAUGAAAGAGAUGUAGAGGUUUAAGAAGGAAAUGCUAGAGCUUAGGGCCUGGACAGCUGAAGGCAUGGCUGUCAACGGUUGGGCAAAAGGAGUGGGGGAUACACAAGAGGUAAUUGUUAAAAGAACACAGUUCUGAAUUGUGGGGCUCGAGAAGGUUAUAGAAAUAGCGAGAGACAAGGCCACGAAGGAAAGUUCAGUUUGUAAAUCAGAAUUCAUUUGAUUUCGCCCUCUCCACAUCCUUUCCAGCUUUCAAUUAUCCUGAAACCCCUGCAAAUGUGUAUUGUUUAUGGAAGACCCCAUUAAUAAUUAUUGUACCAGUGGGCAAAUUGUUUGAGAAAUCAUCUUUUAUAAGCAUUUAUAAUUGGAGAAUUGAGGUUUGCUGUACUGUGAACUGUGAUAAUUUGAAACACUGAAUGAAUGUUGUUUUGUAGCCACAUGUAUUUCACUUUCAAUCCAUUCCGUGAUUGCUGUAGCAUUUUAAUCAUGCAUGAUAGUUUGAAUGUCAAAUUGUCCGACAGUGUUUUGCUAGAGUUUUCAUUGAGUUUGCAUUAAUGAUACUUGUUUGUACCUGAGGUCAGUACAGAUGGAACUUCUUAUUGAUGAGGAAUAGCAUGCAAAAUAAUCACUCCUCAUGCCUUGUAGAAAUGAUUCUGCUUGAUUUCAGUUUUCAUGUCCUUGCAAGAAUUGGAUUCUUUAAACAACUCAAAUUAUUCACUCCACUUCGAUUUUAACACUACUGUUGAUUUGACAGCAGCAAGAGAAUAGUUUGCAGCUAUCAUGUUUAAUGGAAGUCAACUUUCUAGUAUGUGUAGCUGUUGAACUUCUAGUUUUAAAAGUUGCUAAUUUUUUUUUAGCUGUUUGCAAUAUGAAUACGAAUUGGAGGGGUUCACCAUGCAACAACAGGAUUUGUGUCCUGAGUUUAGAACUAAAGUGGCUGUUUGGGUAGGGUAGAGGGAGUUUUAUUCUGAAGCUGAUUGUUGUGCUGACAUGAGUCCUUGAUGUUGACAGUAGAAAACAGAAAUGGAAGGUAUUCCAUUCCCAGCUUUGACUUUUACCUAAAGAGGUUUGUAGCUUUACAGCUUUGUAGGCUGUAAUUCUCAAAUUUAAUUAACUGUAUGUCCAGAACUUUUUUUUUUGCAUAUGGCAUUUUGUUUUGCAACCAUGUCAAAGAAUAAAGAUGACUGAUGUGUUUCAAUGUUAAUUCUAGAUCCAUUACUAAAACAGGAAAAUCAAUUAAAUGGCAAAACACUGUUUAGAAUUAAAGUCCAUGUCUGCCUUUGCCCUAUAUCUCUGAACUCUUCUACUGCCACACAGUGGUGGAUCAUAUCUCUUGUACCAAUAACCCGCCUUUUGUAGUCUUUAAAUUUCAGUAGCAUUCCUCAUGUCAAUAUCAGCACACUGCACUGGUUGAUCACAAUAGCCAAGUAAGGAGAGGAGUGGAUGGGGAUUGCGUAUCAGUUCCUAAAAGUAAGCACAAGAAGCAUAACAUGCAUGUAGUAACUUUAUAAAAUACUGAAUUGGUCAAUUUUGGAAAAAUCAUUAUUUGUUUUAAAACACAUUGGAUUGAAAGAAAGUAAAAAUAUACAUUUAUAUAGCAACUUCAGGACAUUAGUGUUCCAAAGCACCUUGCAGCCAAUGAAAUACUUUUAAAAAUGUAGUUACUCUUAUGGGAAAACCAUACAGUCAGUUUGCACACAGCAAUGUCUCUCCAACAGCUGUGAGAUAAAUUACCAGAUAGCCCUUAACUAACAUCACUAAAACAGAUUAAAUUUUGGCCUAGAUCUUGGAAGAACUCCCCUACUUUCUUGGGAGUCUUAUACAUCCAUCUGAAAGGGAAGCUGGGACCUCAGUUUAAAGUCUCAACUGAAAUACAUCUCUGUUGGUGCACUACAUAUUUAGUACUGCACAAGUAUCAGCAGCCUAGAUUAUGUAUCCAAGUCUGGAGUAAAGCUUGAACCCCCUAACUCCAAGGCAGGAGUGU